AGCCUGUAAGAAAUCGCAUUGCCGGUGGGCAAUCACGCAAUGUGCGACAGUGGCUACAUCAAGGACGCACGAAAGACAAAAGUGAGGAAUAGGCUUCGCAGCAUCCGUGUUACAUUUUUUGAUACUAGACCAGCUUCCAAAGAUUCAUAUCAUCCAGGGAACGACCGUGUUGGUCGCCUUUAUCAACCUCUACGUUGACAU